AUGUUUGACAUAACAAAUGCAAACGUUGGUGAAACAAGAAGAAGAGACGACACACUGAAACAACAGAGAAGAGAUAUGUUUAAGAGCGCUAUAGAACAAGUUCGCAAAGCUAACGAUGUCCUUCGUUCCAUUGACGACAAACCAAAAGAAGGUGAGAGAUGGUUAAAGAAAGAUGAAGAGAAUAGGAAGAGGAAUGUUAAGACAGGCAAUAGACUCAUUGACUUUAACAUCGAAGCUUUAGAUGAACCAAACAGAGACUACUUACACAAACAUUUCGGUAAGGUUUUCAUGAGACUCUUAGAGAAGAUUAAAAUAAACUCCCAACAAAGAUGGAUGGUAUGUUAUAAACUUGGUGGAAAGUAUGAAUGUUCUACGUUAAACCUCAAUAAUAUUGGAACAUUACUACAUCAGCUCUUGAAGGAGAACUUUAUAUCAGAGAUAGAAGCAAAUGCUGCAGGUAUUGUUGAAAUGCACUAUGACUUCUUCUUGACAAACAUAAAGAAUCUUACUGAAAUAAAGAUGUAUGAUUUAACAGAAUAUGAAGGCUUAACGAUGUCAGAUGUAAAGAAAGGCAAACCAAAAAAGAGACCAUAUAGAGAUGAAAGCACACUGACAAAUGACCAGAAAGCCAUUUUGGAAGCUCUUAAGCAAACAGGAAACCCAGCACUUAUAGAAAGCUUUUGGAAAGAUAAUGGUGAAAAGAAGUUUUAUAAGAAGAGAAGCGGUCAGUUCUGGAA